AUGUUUCCAUCAUCAUUCGUUGAUCGUUGGUCGCGAAGCAUCAAGACGCGUCGCGAUGAGCAGCUCCAUGAUUUUCCCAACUACCACCUCUCGAACCCGGAGGAGCUCGUGACAACAAGCACCCCCAAGUCCAUCACUGUCGGCACUGGCGUGUCUAUCUACAAGCAGACACUGCUGCCAGCAAUUCUUACAGCUCAUCAUGAAGUCAUCCUUGUGACCUGUUUCUGGGCCGAAUCCGACACCCUGCGAGCGCUUCACGAGACGCUUCACGCGCUGGCCAAACGUCGACGCGAGGCCAUCGCUGUCAAUCCUGACCGCUCCGCCUUGCCACGCCUUCGCAUCCGCAUCGGCUUCUCCUCGCGCUCGUUCUUCCAAAAGAUAUUCCACCCAUGGUCUCGCGAUGGUCACGCCUACCCUUCCUCUGCCUGGGCCAAGCUGGGUCUGCCGCCCGACGAUGUAUUGAAGGCAGCCCGCAUCAAUCUUUCCGUCAAGAGCCUCUUCUUCCUACCGUUCAGUGUCAUGCACCCCAAGUUUGUCAUUGUCGACCGUGAGCGCGCUUUCAUGCCGAGUUGCAACAUUAGCUGGGAGGUGUGGUUUGAGGGAUGCGUCGAAUUCACCGGCCCAGCUGUUGCGCAGCUGCUGCGGUUCUAUGCAAGUGUGUGGGACGGCAAUGUACGGCAGGCCGCCGACUGGGACGACAGCUGGGCCCGUGAUGUCCAGUCGACACCACAAAUCGAGCCAACCCGGAACGCGCCCGACUCAGCGAGCCAGAAGCGGCUACUUGACCCAACGCCAACGCCCACUAUGAUCCUCCCAUCGUCUCAUCAUGUCAACCCUAGCUUCCGUUGCAUCCCCUUCCUCGGCCGCCAGACCUCCCCGGCAACUCCUUUGAAUGCUGCUCUUCUCGACCUCUUCGCUUCGGCUCAUACUCAGAUUGAUAUUAUCACGCCAAACCUCACCUGCCGCGCCGUUGUCGACGCGCUCCUCGCAUCACUUGCCCGUGGCGUCAAUGUCCGCAUUCGCACGAAGUCGUAA